GCGAUGGCAGCGUGGUCUGCGCAGAAGCCCUGUGGGACCAUGUGACCAUGGAUGACCAGGAACUGGGCUUCAAGGCCGGUGAUGUCAUCCAGGUUCUAGAAGCCUCCAACAAGGACUGGUGGUGGGGCCGGAAUGAGGACAAGGAAGCCUGGUUCCCUGCAAGCUUUGUCAGAUUGCGAGUUAACCAGGAAGAGCUGUCGGAGAACUCCAGCUGCAACCAUGGCGGGGAGCCAGACGAGGAUGCCAGCCACAACCACCACAGACACUCCGAGAACAAGCACCAGAUGAGGACGAACGUCAUCCAGGAGAUCAUGAACACAGAGCGGGUGUACAUCAAACACCUCAAGGACAUCUGCGAGGGCUAUAUUCGACAGUGCCGCAAGCACACGGGAAUGUUCACUGUUGCACAACUAGCCACUAUUUUUGGAAACAUUGAAGAUAUUUACAAAUUCCAAAGAAAGUUUCUGAAAGACCUCGAGAAACAGUACAAUAAAGAGGAACCUCAUUUAAGUGAAAUAGGAUCCUGCUUUCUUCAACAUCAAGAGGGCUUCGCCAUCUACUCCGAGUACUGCAACAACCACCCGGGCGCCUGCCUGGAGCUCGCCCAGCUCAUGAAGCAGGGCAAGUACCGGCACUUCUUCGAAGCCUGCCGCCUGCUGCAGCAGAUGAUCGACAUCGCCAUCGAUGGGUUCCUGCUCACGCCGGUGCAGAAGAUCUGCAAGUACCCGCUGCAGCUGGCCGAGCUGCUCAAGUACACCACGCAGGAGCACAGUGAUUACAGCAAUAUAAAGGCAGCAUAUGAGGCCAUGAAGAACGUGGCUUGCUUGAUCAAUGAGCGCAAACGUAAGCUGGAGAGCAUAGACAAGAUAGCCCGCUGGCAGGUGUCCAUCGUGGGCUGGGAGGGACUAGAUAUCUUAGACCGAAGCUCAGAAUUGAUUCAUUCUGGGGAACUGACCAAAAUCACUAAGCAAGGCAAGAGCCAGCAGCGGACGUUCUUCCUGUUUGACCACCAGCUGGUGUCCUGCAAGAAGGACCUGCUGCGCAGGGACAUGCUCUACUACAAGGGUCGGAUGGACAUGGACGAGAUGGAGCUCGUGGACUUGGAGGAUGGGCGGGACAAGGACUGGAACCUCAGCGUGAAAAACGCCUUCAAACUCGUCAGUAAGAGCUCGGACGAGGUUCAUCUGUUUUGUGCCAAAAAACAAGAAGACAAGGCCAGGUGGCUGCAGGCCUGUGCGGACGAAAGGAAGCGGGUGCAGGAGGACCGGGAGAUGGGAAUGGAAAUUCCAGAAAAUCAGAAGAAACUCGCCAUGUUAAAUGCUCAAAAGGCAGGACAAGGAAAGUCAAAAGUUAACAAGUGACCCUCAGUCCCUGUUCCAUCUUUCUCCCCUUCGAUGUAGGCUACAGUGGGUGCCCCGUGGCCCCCCCGCACCAGGGCUUACACCCCCUCCACCAGCGCCAU